UCCUCACAUGAACUAGAGAGAGAAGAAUAAAAGAACCUCUUUUCGUGAAAAUACGCUGUUUGAUUCUUUGAAUCGAACCGUGAUGAUAUCUCUUCCUCCUUUUCUGCUUUUUUUCCUCAUUUUUUGAUCAAAUUCUUUUAGUUUCUUCUUAUUUAAAAUGUAUCUUCUCUAACAGAAGAAACCAAAAUUAUACGAAGGAAAAAAAGCAGAAAUAUAUGAAUUGAAUAAACAUUGCAUGUCUGGAAUUGGGCAUCUGAUCUAUGGAAUAGACAAAGUGGCCAUCCGAUAAUUUUGUAGAAGAUUACAUGUUUGGAAGUGAUUUAUUGCUAUUUUUGUGAAAUAUCAAAAUUUACCAAGUGGGCGUCGCAUUUAUAUGCAUAAUAAAAUUUGGUGAAUAUCAAAUUUACAAAUUGGGUAUUGCAUUAGAUGCUUUUGAGAGUGGGCAUCUCAGAUUUCUGCAGAAGAGUGGAUUCCUCUAAUUGGGCGUCUCUGCUAAAGAUUGAGUUUUUGGAAUUGGGCAUCUGAGAUUUGUGAAAGUGGGAAUUUGUGAUUGUUUCGAAAUGGCAACAAUUGAAAUGGAUAGCGUGGAGUGUGUAUCUUCAUCAGAUGGAAUUGAAGACGAAGACCAUCCUCUUAAAAAAAUUUCAAAGCCUCACAAUAUACUUCUCUCUGGGAUCGGUCCCACAAGCGUCCAUGAAUUGCUCGAAUGCCCGGUUUGCACCAAUUCUAUGUACCCUCCAAUCCAUCAGUGUCACAAUGGGCACACUCUGUGUUCCACCUGCAAGACUAGGGUGCAUAACCGAUGUCCUACAUGCAAACAAGAGCUUGGAGAUAUUAGGUGCUUAGCACUAGAGAAGGUAGCUGAGUCACUCGAGCUGCCAUGCAAGUACUGUUCUUUGGGAUGUCCGGAAAUAUUUCCCUAUUACAGCAAACUGAAACACGAGGCAGUUUGCAAUUUCAGACCAUACAAUUGUCCGUAUGCAGGAUCUGAGUGCUCAGUUACUGGUGACAUUCCCUGUCUUGUUGCUCAUUUAAGAGAUGAUCACAAAGUGGACAUGCACUCGGGAAGUACAUUCAAUCACCGCUACGUAAAGUCAAAUCCUCGUGAAGUAGAAAAUGCAACAUGGAUGCUAACAGUUUUCCAUUGUUUUGGACAAUAUUUCUGCCUCCACUUUGAAGCAUUUCAGCUUGGUAUAGCUCCUGUCUAUAUGGCAUUCAUCCGUUUUAUGGGCAAUGAGGUCGAAGCUCACAAUUAUAGCUACAGCUUGGAGGUUGGAGCAAAUGGCCGAAAACUCAUAUGGGAGGGUACACCUCGGAGCAUUCGAGAUAGCCACCGAAAGGUCAGGGACAGUCAUGAUGGUCUUAUAAUCCAAAGAAACGUGGCGCUUUUUUUCUCUUGUGGGGACAGCAAGGAGCUGAAGCUUAGAGUUACUGGAAGAAUAUGGAAAGAGCAAAAUUCAGACGACGGGGUGUGUAUGUCAAAUCUUUGUAGCUGAAGAAGUUAUUUUGGGCUGUCGUAUGUCUAUCCACAUGACACACGUGUAUGGUAAGAUAUUGCUAGCAUGUCUGGUACAGCGAAUAAGGUACUAAGAAAGGUAAAAAGCUAAGAACAUCUUCACUAUAGUGUCUAAUUUUGUCGAAUAUUGUAUACCAAAAAUCCACUUAACGUGUUUUUGUGAGACGUCGCAACAGAAUGACUUGUAAAAUGUUAAACACAACUUAUCUUCCCAUUGGUUGCCUAAGAUUGAGCUUUAAUCAAUUGUCAAAUAAGCACCAUGUUUUUCUUUUCU